AUGGCAGCAGCAACAGCAGCAGCGAACCAAGUCCUCCCAGAGGGGUACGUCCUCAGUGAGAAGGGAACCUAUGCCGACUUUACAAAACCAAUUGAAAAGUCCCUCAAUGACGAUCGUCAGUAUCGAUUGAUCCGACUCAACAACGAUCUGGAGGUACUUCUCAUCCAGGACCCCAACGUCGAUAAGUCCGCCGCAGCAUUGGAUGUCCAUGUUGGUCACUUGAGCGAUCCUAAAAACUUGCAAGGAUUGGCGCAUUUCUUGGAGCACCUGCUCUUCAUGGGAACCGCCAAGUAUCCCAAAGAAAACGAGUACAGCGAGUUCUUGUCCAAGCACUCUGGAAGUUCAAACGCCUUCACAGGUCUCGACAACACCAAUUACUACUUUGAGGUCGGUCACGCCUAUCUCGAGGGCGCAUUGGAUCGCUUUGCCCAGUUCUUUAUUUCGCCUGCGUUCAGUGAGAACUGUAAGGAUCGUGAGUUGCGCGCCGUGGACUCGGAGCACAAGAAGAACCUGCAAAGUGAUAGCUGGCGACUCUUUCAGCUCGAGAAAAACCUUUCGAGCCCCGAUCACCCUUACAGUCAGUUUGGAACUGGCAAUCUGGAGACGCUGCAGGACGCACCCGGCCGUGAGGGGAUCGAUGUACGUGACGAGUUAAUCAAAUUCCAUUCAAAGUAUUAUUCUGCCAACAUUAUGAAGUUGGUCAUCCUUGGUCGAGAACCACUGGAUCAACUUGCAGAGUGGGCCACUGAAAAGUUUUCAGCGAUCAAGAACCUUGGUAUCAAACCCCCUGCCAGCACUAACCCCCCAUGGACGGCCAAGGAGCUUUUGAGGACGACCUAUGUCAAGCCUGUCAAGGAUUUUAGGUCAUUAGAAAUCAAGUUUCCUUUCCCAGACCAAUAUCCAUACUACACAAUCCACCCAGCUCGUUACCUCACCCAUGCCAUUGGGCACGAGGGAAGCGGAUCUAUUUUGUCUCUGCUGAAGAAGAAGGGUUGGGCCAACAAUUUGUCCGCUGGCACUUCGCAUGGGGGGAUUGGGUUCGAAUUCUUCAAGAUCACGGUUGACCUCACCAAGGAGGGCCUUGCGCACUACGAAGAUGUUACCCUCAUCAUAUUCCAGUAUAUCCAGAUGCUUCGUCAUGAAGGUAUCCGGCCUUACAUCUGGGAUGAGAUCUCAUCUUUGGCGGCCACGUCGUUCAGGUUUAAGGAAAAGUCGCCCGCUGCUGGGUACUCCUCCCGCCUGGCCGGCGUCAUGCAGCGUGGAUAUGCACCCGAGUGGGUUCUCUCGGGCUCAUACUUGAUCCGCGACUCAGAUCCCAACAUGAUCAUGGAGUGCAUCAACUCUCUCAAGAUCGAUAACUGGAAGAGCCAUCUGGUCACGCAAGACGCGUCCAUUGUACCUGGCGGGGCUUUCGAUGAGACUGAGAAGUGGUAUGGCACAGAGUACCAUGUCGAGCAGGUGUCUUCUACCCUCUUGGAGAAACUUCAACAUCUCGAACCCAACCCCGAACUGCAUCUUCCAGUGCCGAACGACUUCAUUCCGGAGAACUUUGAGACCAACAAGGUUCCUACGGCAACACCUCUCAAGACCCCAGUCUUGUUAAAGCACACUCCUCUGACGAGGAUCUGGCAUAAGAAGGACGAUGUCUUCUGGGUCCCCAAGGUCAGCAUGUACUUCCAACUCAGGUCGCCUCUGUCUUACUCCUCACCCAGCAACAACGUCAAGACCCAGCUCUACGUCAGCCUUCUCAAGGAUGCCCUGAACGAGUAUUCGUACGAUGCUGAUUUGGCAGGACUCUCGUACUCGCUUGACACGACCGUCGAGGGUAUGAUCCUGAGCGUCGAAGGAUACAACGACAAGGCCCAUGUGCUGCUGCAGAAGGUGGUUGAGAAGAUGAAGAACCUUGAGAUCCAGCCUGACCGAUUCCGUCUAAUCCAGGACCAGAUGGAGAGGAUGUACAAGAAUUUCAAGCUGGAGGCGCCCCAUCAGCACGCGAUGUACUACAUGUCGUACCUGACCCAGGAGAAGCUGUGGACUCAGGAAGAAAAGUUGGCGGAGCUCAAGGACCUCACUCCCGAGGACAUCCAGGUGUUCUACCCGGCCCUUCUUUCCCGUCUUCAUAUCGAGGGACUUAUCCAUGGAAACAUGGCCGCCGCUGAAGCACUCAAUGCGGGGACGAUUAUUGAGGAGGGACUUUCGCCCAAGACGCUUGUCCCCUCGGAGCUGCUCUCGCAACGUUCGCAUAUCUUGCCCGAGAACUGCAAGGCUGUUUAUAAGCGCGAUGUGCCGGACCCCAACAACGUCAAUUCUGGAGUCGAAUACUAUCUCCAGAUCGAGGACGCGAUCAGCACGCAGAGCCGAGCGCGCAUCCAGAUCAUGGCGCAGAUCAUCAACGAGCCCUGCUUCAACCAGCUCCGGACGAAGGAGCAGCUGGGUUACUUGGUCUUCAGCGGAGUGCGCAAGCAGACUGGUGCGAUUGGACUCCGGUUCAUCCUGCAGUCGGAACGCGAUCCCGUGCAUCUCGAAAGCCGGAUCGAACACUUCUUGGAGUCGAGGAUGAAGAGCUACUUGGACGAGAUGACGACAGAGGAGUAUGAGAAGCAGGUGAACUCGCUGAUCCAGAAGAAGCUCGAGAAGGACAAGAACCUGAGACAGGAAACCUAUCGGUACUGGGGACAGAUCGUCUCGGGUUACUAUGACUUUGACGAGAUUCAGGAUGAGGUUGAGGAGAUGCGGCGGACGACCUUGGAUAUGACGAGGGAUUUCUUUGCGACCUCGAUCUUGCCUUCGGCCCAUAAGGCUAAGAAGUUGUCGGUACACCUGCGCUCCCAAAAGGUCCCCCCAGUCGUUGCAGACGAGGGUGAGGAGCCGGCCAAGUUGAGAGAGGGAAAUGUGCUGAUUGAGGACGUGAUCGGGUUCAAGGCUGGACUGGAACUGAGCAGGGCUCCGUACCCUGUCGCAGACCUGUUGAGAUAUUCCAAGUUGUAA